CGCUAUAACGUAAAAUGAUUCCAAACUGUUUUGAUUCCAAAUCCACGAGCGCCGCUCGCUGAUUGGCUCAUAUUUCCGAGGCCGCGCCCACCUCGCCGGUGCGUCAAGCGACGUCACGAAACCGCAAAAACUGACACGUCAUAGUGACGUUUACGCACUACUUAUGCUAAAUUAUGCCGAUCAAAACAGGAAACAUCGCGGAAUCACCGGCGAGUGACCCGUUCCGUUUGGAAUCAAAAAUGGCGGCGUUCUUGCUGCUGCUGGCGGCGGCGGCUCGUCAGCUCGGGCGGAGGCGCGGAAGGAGGGAGGCCGAGGACGCGUUUGACAUGCCAGACGACGUGUUUCGGCAGCACUUUCGUCUGAGGAAGGAAACUGUGCGGUGGCUGUGCGACGAAGUGGCGGAGGAGCUCGGAGGCGUGCGAUCAACAGCGCUGUCGGUGGAGCGACAAGUGUUGUGCGCGUUGCGUUUCUUCGCGACGGGCAGCUUUCAGGGGUCCGUUGGGAGCGAGGAGACGAUUGGCGUGACGCAGCCUGCGGUCAGCAAGUGCGUGCGACGCGUGGCGGAGGCAAUCGUCCACGCCGGGACUCGGAACAAGUGGGUCCACUUCCCGAGGACGUCGGAGGAAAAGGCGGCCGUGAAAGAAGGGUUCCUUCGACGCGGCGGCAUUCCCGGCGUCAUCGGCUGCGUGGACGGCAGCCUUAUUGCCAUCAUCGCACCGAAGGGCGACAACAAGGCGGCAUACAUGUGCCGCAAAGGCUUCUAUGCCCUUAACAGCAUGUUCAUUUGCGACGCAGGCAUGCGGAUUCUGGCCGUCGACGCUCUGCGACCGGGGUCGGAUCACGACGCACACAUAUGGAGAACGACGUGGUUGCGUCGUCGUUUCCAGGAGGGACACAUUGCCAAGGCCGGCGAGCACCUCCUCGGUGACAGCGGCUACCCCCUGGAACCAUGGCUCCUGACUCCGGUCCCAGGCCAUCCUCCCACUCACACUGCAGAAGGCAGGUACAACACUGCACACGCUUCCAUGCGGUCCGUAGUGGAACGCUGCAUUGGACUUCUGAAGAGCCGCUUCCGCUGCCUUCAGAGGUACCGUGCCCUCCACUAUGAACCAGACCGCGCAGCAAACAUCGUUGCAGCGUGUGCAGUGUUGCACAAUUUGUGUCUUGAUGAAGGUGACAGUGCGUUUGAUGAGGUUGAUGAUGAUGACAGCAGCAACAGCAGCAGUGACGAUGCAAACGGUGGCCCCCUCCCACUUGUAGUUCCCCGAGUGAGGGCAGCACGCAUAAUGUACCUGAAAGGAUGUGCUGCCCGUGACAAUGUAAUUACAUUAUUCGGAACCACACGACAGCAGCACCAGCACUACCUGCGAAGGGUGCGAAGGCGGCUGCGUCGGCAGCAGCACCGACAGCAGCAGUAAACGUGCCUGCA